CUUCAAUGAUGUGCAGGAAUCGAAGGAUUUGAAGGAAAGCUCAACUUUUUACCCCGGCCAAAUCAUGACAAUUCACAGAGUCCAGUGGGAGACUGUGGCACAACUCUGUGGGCUGAAAGUCUUCCCCACAUCAUUUAAAGCCCACCAGACUCGGCCCAACGGGUCUUCCUCCGCACCUCGCCGCGCCGCGCCGGCCUCCCCUCCCCUCUCCUCGCUCCCACUCUACCCCCCUCGUCGCCGACCACCACCACCAUGGCGGCCUCUCCGCCUCAUGCCUUAGCCCCGUCCCUCCAGGCCUCCUUCCUCUGCUCCCUCGCGCUCGCCUUCCUCCGGGCCGGCCGCUUCUCCGCCGCCUCCCACGUCGUCUUCUCACUCCCCGCCUCGCCUCCCGCACGCCUCCUCCGCCGCCUCAUCCCCGCCCUCGCCUCCUCGGGCCUCGCCGCCGCCGCCGUCUGCUUCCGCCCCGUCCCAGGUGACACCCUCACCCUCAACUCCAUCAUCCUCUCCUACUGUAGCCUCCGCUCGCUCCGUCCCGCGUUGAGCCUGCUCCGUUCCUCCUCGGGGCCCCAGUCGCAGUCGCAGGUCGCGGCUGACACCGUCAGCUACAACAUCUUCCUCGCUGCCCUCUCCGAGCAGGGCCACGGGAGGCUCGCGCCGCCUGUGCUCUCGGAGAUGUGCAAGCGCGGCGUGUCCUGGGACGGGGUCACCGUGAGCACGGCGCUCGUGGGGCUGUGUAGGACCGGCCUGGUCGGCGAGGCCGCGGCCUUGGCGGAGAUGUUGGUCCGAGGCCGAGGAAUUGAUGGAUUGGAUGUGGUGGGAUGGAAUGCUCUCAUUGACGGCUACUGUAAAGUCCAGGACAUGGCCGCGGCUUUGGCGGUGGUGGAGAGGAUGACAACACAAGGGGUGGCGCUUGACGUGGUGGGGUAUAAUUCCUUGGUUGCCGGGUUCUUCCACUCCGGCGAUGCUGAUGCUGCACUGGAGGUAGUGGAGAGGAUGAAGGCGGAUGGGGUGGAGCCGAAUGUGGUGACGUACACGGCCCUCAUCGGGGAGUAUUGUAAGGGGAAGGGGAUGGACGAGGCAUUCAGUUUGUACGAGGGGAUGGUCAGGUCGGGUGUGCUGCCUGAUGUGGUCACGCUCAGUGCUCUUGUCGAUGGCCUCUGCAGGGAUGGCCAGUUCUCAGAGGCAUAUGCGCUUUUCAGGGAGAUGGACAAGAUCGGAGUCGCGCCGAACCAUGUGACCUAUUGUACGCUUAUUGAUUCAUUAGCGAAAGCGCGGAGGGGCAGUGAGUCACUUGGUCUAUUGGGAGAGAUGGUUUCAAGGGGCGUGGUCAUGGAUCUGGUCAUGUAUACAGCUCUGAUGGACCGUUUAGGUAAGGAAGGGAAGAUUGAGGAAGCUAAGGAUGUGCUUCGGCAUGCUCAGUCGGAUAAUAUUACUCCCAACUUUGUAACUUACACUGUACUGGUCGAUGCACACUGCAGAGCUGGCAAUAUCGAUGGUGCAGAGCAGGUGUUGUUGCAAAUGGAGGAGAAAUCUGUUAUCCCGAAUGUUGUCACAUUCUCAUCGAUCAUCAAUGGUCUUGUUAAAAGGGGAUGCCUCGGCAAAGCAGCUGAUUAUAUGAGGAAGAUGAAGGACAGUGGCAUUGCUCCUAAUGUUGUGACUUAUGGAACACUUAUCGAUGGCUUCUUCAAGUUCCAGGGGCAAGAAGCAGCUCUUGAUGUGUACCGUGAUAUGUUGCAUGAGGGUGUUGAGGCAAACAACUUUGUCGUUGACUCACUGGUGAAUGGUUUGAGAAAGAAUGGGAAUAUAGAAGGAGCUGAAGCAUUAUUUAAAGAUAUGGAUGAACGUGGUCUGUUGCUUGACCAUGUCAAUUAUACCACCUUAAUGGAUGGGCUUUUUAAAACAGGAAACAUGCCAGCUGCUUUUAAGGUUGGUCAGGAGUUGAUGGAGAAAAACCUGUCACCUGAUGCUGUUGUCUAUAAUGUGUUUAUCAAUUGCCUUUGCACGCUUGGCAAGUUCAGUGAAGCAAAAUCCUUUUUGAAAGAGAUGAGAAAUACAGGCUUAGAACCUGAUCAAGCAACAUAUAACACUAUGAUUGCUGCACGGUGCAGGGAAGGAAAGACCUCCAAAGCUCUAAAGCUACUGAAAGAAAUGAAGCGGAAUUCAAUAAAGCCUAAUCUAAUCACAUAUACUACACUUGUUGUGGGCCUUCUUGAGGCCGGGGUUGUGAAAAAGGCAAAAUUUUUGCUAAAUGAGAUGGCUUCUGCUGGAUUCGCUCCGACCUCUCUGACUCAUCAAAGGGUGCUGCAAGCAUGUUCUGGAAGCCGGAGGCCAGAUGUGAUUUUGGAAAUUCAUGAGUUGAUGAUGGGUGCUGGUCUUCAUGCUGAUAUCACUGUCUAUAAUACACUCGUGCAUGUUUUGUGUUGCCAUGGAAUGGCAAGGAAUGCUACAGUUGUUUUGGAUGAAAUGUUGACGAGAGGAAUUGCACCAGACACUAUCACAUUCAAUGCUCUCAUUCUUGGCCAUUGUAAGAGCAGCCAUCUGGAUAAUGCAUUUGCAAUCUAUGCUCAGAUGCUUCAUCAAGGGCUCUCACCUAAUAUAGCUACAUUUAACACACUUCUGGGUGGCCUUGAGUCUGCUGGUAGAAUUGGCGAAGCGGAUACUGUUCUCAGUGAUAUGAAGAAGGUGGGCCUUGAGCCCAAUAAUCUCACCUAUGAUAUACUGGUGACAGGAUAUGCAAAGAAAAGCAACAAAGUUGAAGCACUGAGGCUGUAUUGUGAGAUGGUGAGUAAAGGCUUUAUUCCCAAAGCAAGCACGUAUAAUUCACUCAUGAGUGACUUUGCUAAAGCUGGAAUGAUGAAUCAAGCUAAAGAAUUGUUCAGUGAGAUGAAAAGGAGAGGAGUUUUACACACAUCAUCAACUUAUGAUAUCCUUUUGAAUGGAUGGUCAAAGCUUAGAAAUGGAAUUGAGGUAAGAAUACUUCUCAAAGAUAUGAAAGAGCUAGGAUUUAAACCAUCUAAAGGCACUAUCAGUUCUAUGUCCAGAGCAUUUUCAAGGCCGGGCAUGACUGGGGAAGCUCGACGUUUACUUAAGACCCUUUUCAAGGUUUAGGGGAAAAAGAUGAAGUGUCAAUUUAUUAUCUGCCUAGGAUGGUCUAGUGAGAUGAUUCUCCCAGAACUUUACAGUUGCAAGAAGGGUUUCUAACUGUUGGAGUGUCUUACAGCUAGGCCAGAAAUGCCAUCAUGCAUAAAGAGUUGUUCAGUGAGAUGAAAAGGAGAGGAGUUUUACAUGCUUCCUGAACUUAUGAUACCCUUUUGAAUGGAUGGUCAAAGCUUAGAAAUGGAACUGAGGUAAGAAUACUUCUCAAAGAUAUGAAAGAGGUAGAAUUUAAACCAUCCAAAGGCACUAUCAGUUCUAUGUCCAGAGCAUUUUCAAGGCCGGACAUGACUUGGGAAGCUCGACGUUUACUUGAGACCCUUUUCAAGGUUUAGGGGAAAAAAUGAAGUGUCAAUAUAUUACUGCCUACGAUAGUCUAAUGAGAUGAUUCUCCCAGAACUUUACAGUUGCAAGAAGGGGUCCUAACUGAAGUAUCUUCCAGCUAGGCCAGAUAUGUUGUUUCGUGCAUAAAGAGAUCAUAGCAAAUGCAGGUGUUUCAGAAGAACAGUUUGAUGUCCUGACUGGUAGGUGUUUCAGAAGAACAGUUUGAUGUCUUGACUUACACUGGCUAACAAGCUGAAACCCAAAAAUGUAUACUUGUGCUAUACUCUACCCCUGGACAGAAAGGUGUUGGGCAUUUUGUUACUCAGGGUUUAUGGACUGAAGCACCACCAAUGAACUAAAUGCAUAUGAGGUUGAGACUGUUUUACACUGUUUCAAAUCUGUGUUGAUUGGUGACCUCCUACAGUUGUUAAUGGCUUGGAUGACAUAAGUAAACUUGGCUUUCUGCUAACCAGCUUAUUGACUGCUUGCACUUCCAUAAAGUUGAGUUUCCACGAGCAUGAUCAUCAGAACAUGUUUUAUGUGCAUACCAUAGAUGGAGAAGAGCUAUUUUUGGAACACAUUCAUGUGCAGCACUGCAGCUGCAGAAUCACGGCAUUGGAUGUUUUGGUUUGAUGCAGUUUUGAUCCUCCCCUACUGCAUUGAGGCACUGACUUGGCAGUUGGCACGAUGAACUUACAUUUGGUCGCUGGAUGUUCGGCCUGGGAGACAGUCUUGGAGGAAGCCCAUCUCUCUCUAGAUGAAAUGUAUGAGAGUGAGCUAGCUCAUUUGUCUUUCGCUUUAGCAAAAUAUGGUCAGAGCUAGUGACCUUCAGCCAUGGAAGCUGUCACAGAGACAGGAGUGAUUGAGGCGGCAAAAUAUUUCCACUGUCCUUGCGCAGAGGCAAUGGACACCGGCAGUGGCUAUUACUCUGAUCGUGGAUCCAAUGCGCCCUGGUGAAAUUGAUCGCUGUUGUCAAGUCCUCCAUCAUCAGCAAAUUCUUGCUUUACAUAUUAAAAAGGCAAUAGAUUAUAUCUGCACUCCAGCUAGAUGGAUUCCCAUCAUAUGUGAUAUGUAUACCUUGAUCACGCAUAUAUCAGCUUAACGCGUUACACUUUCUUUGUUAAAAAAAUCUGAAUUCUGAUGAUGAGAAACUACUACUGAUAGUAGUGAUUGUGGUUUGCCACAAA